CGUCGUGCUUACUUUUUCUUCUACAAUAUUGGCAGCUCUAAUUCACAGCUGUGCUUUCUCGCUUGUGUGUCGUGCUUAAUAAGAGCAAAUUCCAUUAAAUUGAGCAACAUGUCCUACGGUGGCGGCUACAAUCCUUACGCUCAACCUGCUGGUGGCUAUGCUGCUCCCCCUGGAGCAUUUCCCCCACAAAAUGCUCAAGUCUCGCCACAAGCACAGCAAUGGUUCGCUAUGGUGGACAGAGACCGCUCUGGCAAGAUCAACUCUGCUGAGCUGCAGGCGGCUCUGAUCAAUGGGCGUGGCGAGCAAUUUUCGGACAAUGCAUGCAAACUCAUGAUAAGCAUGUUCGACAAUGACGCUAGUGGCACCAUCGAUAUCUUUGAGUUCGAGAAGCUUUACAACUAUAUCAAUCAAUGGCUACAAGUCUUUAAGACCUACGAUCAAGAUGGUUCUGGCCAUAUCGAGGAAAGUGAGCUAACGCAAGCUUUUACCCAAAUGGGCUUUCGCUUUUCGCCGGAAUUCAUAAAUUUCCUGGUGAAGAAGAGUGAUCCAAAUACCCACAAGGAGGUGUCGGUGGAUCAGUUUAUUGUGCUGUGCGUUCAGGUUCAGCGCUUCACGGAGGCUUUCAGGCAACGGGAUACCCAGCAGAAUGGCACCAUUACCAUUGGCUUUGAGGACUUCUUGACCGUUGCCAUCGGUUGUUCAUAUUGAAAACAGUUCCAGAACUCUUACAACUUGCAAUCAAAAGUAAACAGCACACACACAAAGCCUUUACUGAUGCAAAUCUAAUUCCGUUUUUUUUAAUAUAUGUAUGUAUGUAUGCAUUUCUUCUAAAUUAUGGUGUUAUGUUAGUUACGUUAUCUCUUAUCUCGCCAAUCACAUUGUAAUCUCCUCUGAAACAAAUUAAGUAUUGUUGUUUUUGCUGUUUGAUACACAUUAAGUACAAAAUCCCAAUAAAAAGUAAUAAUUAUAUA